CUGUCAGGACACAGCAUGGACAUGAGGGCCCCUGCUCAGCUCCUGGGCCUCCUGCUGCUCUGGCUCCUAGGUGCCAGAUGUGCUGCCCAAGUGGUGACCCAGACUCCAUCCAAGGUGUCUGCAAAUGAGGGAGGCACAGUCACCAUCAGUUGCCAGUCAAGUCAGAGUGUUGCUAGCAACAAUAAUCUAGCCUGGUAUCAACAGAAACCAGGGCAGCGUCCAAAGCAACUGAUCUAUCAGGCAUCCACUUUAGAGUCUGGGGUCCCUGACAGGUUCAAGGGCAGUGGAUCUGGGACAUCAUUCACUCUCACCAUCAGCCCGGUGCAGGCUGAGGAUGCAGGAACCUACUACUGUCAAGGAGGUUAUAGUGAGCUGUCACUGUGGCGGACGUUCGGACCAGGGACCAAGCUGGAAAUCCAACGUAGCACAGUUGCACCAGUCGCCUCCAUCUUCCCACCAGCUAAGGCUAUGCUGGACACCGACACAGUCUCUAUCGUCUGCAUAGCGGAUAAAUUCUACCCCAAAACAAUCACUGUCACCUGGAAGGUGGGUGGCGUUACCCAGACCACUGGCAUCCUGGAGAGCCUCACACCACAGAACGACUCAGACAAUACCUACAGCCUCAGCAGCACUCUAUCACUGAGCACUGCAACUUACAAAAGCAACAACGUGUACACCUGUGAGAUAACACAUGAAGGCCUGACCUCACCACUCGUCAAGAGCUUUAAUAGUAAUGAAUGUUAAAGCCAGACACUCACCCAGCACCAUCAGCGGGUCCUGAGGCCCAGCCUCGAUGCUUCCCUGCCCUCGGUGGACCCAACCCCCACUGCAGUGCAGUCCUCCAGCCCCUCACCUCUUGUGCCCUCCCCACCCCUUCCUUGGCUUUGAUCAUGCGAAUAUUGGUGGGGGAAAUGGAUAAAUAAAGAAAAUCUUUGCACCUGUUA